AUGGAACCUCCCAUCUUCAUCAAAGCAAAUUCAGUGGGAUCUUCAAUUAUAGAAGAAAGUCUACUAAGUAUGGAGGAACUUGAUCGUACCUCCCCUGAACUGUGGCCCGAACAGAUUCCAGGGGUGUCUGAAUACAUAGCGAAUACUACAUCAUUUGGAAAAGGACAAACAUGGAUGAAAGGAUUAGAUAAUGAUGAUAAAGCAUUUUUAUUAUAUUUAAGCAAAUUGACUCCUUCCGGCUUAGUUUCCGAAGUUAAAAAAUUAUAUGAUACAGCUUAUCAAUUAGGAUGCGAAGAAUCGAAAGAAAUGACUCGAGGAAAAUAUUUAAAAGUAUUGUUAAAAAAAUCAAAUUCUGGAUCUACUUAA